UCCACAGCUUUAGCAGUCCUGUGGACUAUAGUAGCCACAGGUCUGCCUAAACGUCACACCGCCCGGAAACGGUCGACGGCUAGACCAACUCGCCCUUCACGAACCGAGCUGGCGCUCAUGUGUAUGAUGUCGCUGCAGUCUGAACCAGCUCUACGCGUGACAAGUCAAAACAGUCAAUCAAUACAUUUGGAGAAAUCGAGAGAUCUAAUCAACGACAUGUUAGAUAAACAUGAAACAUUCACUCGUGGUCAGUCGCCUGUGCCAGGUCACCACAUGAAUCACUUCAACUUUGCUCUGCUUUAUGAAUCUGUAUCUCAUGCUGGCUCAGUGAUGAUGUCGUCGCUGAACGCGAUACAAAGUCUAGCUGAACUUCAAGCGAAAUUCCGCCCAGAGGCACUGAUGUCUUUUGAUACCGAAUCGGUACAGCCAACGAUGCGAGAUGGUUGCGAUUCAUCA